AUGGAGGCAGACGAUAUUCUGCGGGGCGUCGUGGGCGGUGCGGAGCCGCUGAUGCCGGAGCUGCAGGCAACACACGCACAGGCGCCCGCGUCACAGCCGCGGCGCACCAAACUUGUCUUUCUCUACAGCAGCGACGACGAGGAGGACGUCGACCCGGCCGAGGCGAAGGGAGAGGGCGGGGCGGUCGCAGUUGCGGCGGUGGUGACGCUGAAUCCGCCGCCGGACUCUCUUCGAGAGAUGCGGCUUGAGGCCGAGUUGGCGGCCCAGCGUCACCCGCGCGAACCUGCGCAGCUGAUCGGCGAGGCAGAGCCGCCGCUGUUCGUCGAGGACACGGCGGGGGAGAGCGCGGCGCCGGCACCCGCGGCCCAGGGCCGUGUGCGGGUGGUGGAAGCGCUGCCGCUGCGGGAGCGCGACGCUGGCUGUGGCAGCACGGGGCCGCCGCUGCGCCGCCACCUGCAGGCGGAAGAGGCCGAACGACUCGCCCACGCCCGCAAGCGAUUCCGCGACGAGGCGGGCGGGGGCGACGGCCGUGUCGGGGACGCCGGUCCGCAGCCGAUGGUGGACGAGGACGGGCUGGUGCGCGCGAUUGCUGUGGGCGGCUACCAACUGACGGUGGACGAGCGCCAGCUGCAGGACUGCGACUGCGAGUGCGAGUGCGACUGCGGCGAUGCGGAGGAGGCGCACGCGGAGGCGGGGCUUGUCGCCAGCGACUGCGACGACGACGACGAAGCGGAGGAGGAGGAGGACGAAGCGCUUGAAGAGGCGCUUGACGAGGCGCUGGUGGUCGCGGUGGUGGAGCAGCUGGUGCGCUGCUGCGAGAGCGACGAGUUGGACGCCUCAAUGCGCGAGGCCGGGGCGCGUUUUCUCGUGCAGGCGCGGCCGUGCCUGCAGCGGCUGCACGCCGGCGAGUUGGCGCCGGCGCCCUUCGGCGAGGAGAUGCGGGGCGAAGUGUUGUCGCUGCUGCGCGUCUUUCAGCGGCUGCGUCGCCCGAAAGAUGCGCCGGUCGUCAUUGACGGCGUUGUGAUGGACAUGUGA